GUGUUGCCAGAUCUAUGGGCGAGAGCAACAACAACAAACCACAACAAUUGGCAUUGAAAAACGCAUAAUUUUAAAACCAUAAAAAAAAAUAAAUCAAUAUUUUUGUUCCUGCCAUGGAGCAGCGUGCUAAUUUUCUGGCCUUAAUCCUCCUGGAUGCAUUGGAGGAUGAGAAUGAAACGGAUAUAUUCGAAAUGCUUGAGAAAAAUGGUAAAACUGGCAUAAAUGCCAGCCUAGUGAUCCUGGAGAGAGGAUUAGCCCCCCUGCAUUAUGUAUGUGGCAUGAGGAAUGAAAAGUUGGCUGAACGGAUAUUGGACAAGUUUCUGGAGAAUCCCCAAUUGGAUGCAAAUGUGCGUUGCGAUGGUCAAAUGACGCCUCUGCACAUAGCCUCAAUGUAUGGCCGUGUGGAGCUAGUGCGAAUGCUACUCAAAAGGGGUAAAGCUCGGCCCGAUCUUGCCGAUGAUGAGAAUAAGUUGCCCGUUCAUUAUGCCAUUGAGGAAUGCCAUUUCGAGGUGCUCCAAUUGUUACGAGAUCACAUAUUCCAGGAGAAACAAAAGCAACGGGAGAAGAAGCAAAAGUUACAAGUACCAAAUCAAACAUCGACACCCAAUGGGGAGGGAAAACUGAAAUAUAAUUAUGAUACCACUUCACCCUAUUAUAUUAAUAUAACCCAUAGAAGGCAUAAGGUGCAGCCUGUAUAUCCCGAUGAGGCUCCUUCUCCCAUGCCCGAGGCAGAGGAAUCGGUGAAUUUGUUUUCGUUAACCCGUGAGCAUCUCAGUCAAAAGGUGCACAGCUCAAUAGAGCAUCAUCCAUCGCGUCGAUCCCUGAUAGAAAGCUGGCGCGAGAAGGUGGAACGCUCAAGAGCUCGCCAAAGUCUUCUCCAGCAAUAUGAUGAUCAUGUCGAGCAAAUGGUAGACGAAGCCUUGACCAAGGACGAUUUUAACUAUGCGGAACAUGUGCACAGGAAACUUCGUGAGGAACAACAAGCUGAGGAGGAGCGGCAAUUAAAAGGCAAGGAACAAGAGCUGCAGGUUUCGAAAAGUCGUGAGCUUUUUGAGCAUUUGGUCGAGCAAGUUUCACAGGCCAAAGUUGUGGAACCAGAAAAUAGUUUCCAAACCGCUCAAGAUGCUUUGGAAAACGAUAAUAAUGAUGAUAAUGGCGAUGGGGAGCAGCCCCAAUCCGAGCAAUUGGAUUCCAGUCGUACGGGAUUGAUACGAUCACCACGCCAGGAUGAUUAUUUCCUGCAAAUGACAGAAGCCUAUGUCCAUACGGAUGAUGAGAAUGGUUUGGUUUUCUAUGAAACGAAACUGCUGCAAAACGGUGGCACCAAAGUGGCCAAUCAAAGGGCCAAGAAACACAAGGAACAGGAAGUUCAAUUGGAUAGCACUGUUAGCACAAACUUAACCAUACCUGUGGACUAUGAGACCGAUGCAUUGAGAGCGGAAUUAACUCAGCUCGGAGCCCCAUUGAUUGGGCCAAUAACAAAGACAACAAAACGGUUAUAUAUCAAGCAAUUGAUCAAAUAUCGACGUAAUACCGAAGCUCUACUCAAGGCCCAAAAGCAUGCGGAGGCCUCGCAAAUAAAGUAUUCCGUUGAAUUGCAUAGAACUCUCAAGUCACCGCAAGAUUUUCAAAGAAUCAGCGACUAUAUGCCACAAUUGGAUGCACACAGUCAGCACUUUAACACCUCGAAUGCCCCGAAAAAACCCGUGAGAGAGGGUCACCUGAAGCAGAGUUUCAUUUAUAUGCUCAUCGAUCCGCUUAUCUCGCGUAAUUUACCCGGUGAAUCGGCAUUUCUGGAUAAAUUUAGUAUUUGGCAAAGAUUCUUGGAUUCCAUUUUCUAUAUAGGCAAGGGCAAAUCAUCUCGGCCCUAUGCCCAUCUCUAUGAUGCAAUGCGUCAGCAUACGCGUCUCCAUCAACAGAAACGCCGCAAGGAGGAGAAACUAAAGAAACCAAAUCUGAAUCAUUUGCUGCAAUCAUCGGAUAUUUUCAAGUCACCCACAAAUGAUCCGGCCACUUCGAAGAAAUUGCAACGCAUUCUGGACAUUUGGUCACGUGGAUCGGGUGUCGUUUGUCUUCAUGUCUUUCACAACAUUAUGCCAAUUGAUGCCUACACUCGGGAGGCCUCCAUGAUCGAUGCCAUUGGUUUGCUACACUUGAGCAACUUGAAACGUGGCGACUAUUAUGGCCCCGCCCAAUCCUGGACCAUGAAACAAAAGAAGCAACUGGGCAUUGCCCUUUUAUUCAAAGCCAUGCAUAUCUAUCUAGCUGAAGGGGAAUCGCAAUUAUCGCCCAGUGAUUUGAUCUAAGAAGAGUAUAAGAAACUUCUAACUAUAGGCAAUAAUGUUAAUUUUUAAGUACAAAGUACAAAAUCACACUGAAUUUAGAUGCUUGAUCUCGCUCUAUUAAUUAAUUAUAUAGAAUUUUAAGAAAUUUAAUGAAAUAUAGCUUGAUUUAAACAAAAUGCGUAUACAAAUAUCUAUUGAGAGAAUUCGAAAAUUAA